CAGAUACUUGUGAACAACUCCGUCACUGCGCAUCGUGAUGAAUAAAAUUGGAAAACUGAAAGAUAACAGAUUUGGCAGCGUAGAUGAGAGCCAAGAAAAAUCGCAGGAGAACAAGAUGAAGAAAAAAUGACUACAUGUUUCCAAGAAUAGAAGAAGCGUUAAGACAAAUGCGGAGCGUCUCAAGAGGAAUACUUUAUGGGCGACUAAAGUGGAAAUGCUAUAUCCUAUUGGAAAUCACAGGAGCUUCCAUACUUCACAAAAGUGGUGUAAAAAAACUUUUUAUUUAAUAUGGAAGUAUCAUGGAAUAACAUGGAACAUGAAGAGUCCGCAAUGAGAUACGUCGCAAUGAGAUACGCCGCAUUGAGAUACGUCGCAAUAAGAUACGCCGCAUACAUUCGAAAUACAUUUGGAAGAGUACAACCGCAUACAUUACGACCAUAGAAAUAUGUAUUUUAAUGAAUGGAGUUUUUGAGAGAAUAUCGGAGAACAUCGUUUUGUGACCGACUUAACAGGGUGACAAGGUGACCUUCAUUGACAACGAUCUUGGCGCUGAGGAUAAGAUAAAGGUUUUUCGUUAUGAGGGUGAGAGUGACAUUGAUGAAGAAACUAAGCGCUGACGAUCUUAAGAAAGAGAAAGGAUAUCUCAUAGAACUGAGCGCCGAGGAGUUUGAGAAGAAGAAAGAGGAUCUCAGGAGGAGAUAAAAACUUAUUGUACGGAAGAUAUACUAUAUGAAACUCCCAUUUUCUUUUUCUCUUCAGAAAACAAGAAUAAUCCCCCUGUGCUAACUAAAGAAGGAAUAAUGUUAAUUGCCAAUUUGGUAGGCAAGAUUAAAAAGAAGAAGAAACACCUUGAAGAUAAUGAUUUAUCCUUGCAAUAUUAAGCCGCCUUCCAGAUUCCUGGAGGGCGUAAAGUCUGUCAUUUGAAAUUGCUCGUUUUCCAUUAAGCGUAUGCUGUAAUACUACUGACCAGUAGAUGACUCGAGAGCAUCAUACGUGUUACGUAUUAUCGCUUGUAACUGCCGUCUGUGUCGCUGCAGUAGUAAUAUCAGUAUUGGAUAAUAUUCUUGGAUUAUUUAAUGAGGGUAUAACUGAUAGUAAGAAGAAAUUUACCUGUUGUAAUUAAUCAAGGAUACUGGUGUGUGGAAAUGGGACCUGGCAGUCAACUUGAACAAAAUGAGACAAUGCCAAAGGUUGACGUGUUGAGAGAUGCAGGAAGACUCAGAUCCACAGAUGUGGUUUAUAUGAAACGCCUGGAAGAUCAAAACUUGCUUAGAGCAAAAAGAGUACAAGCAUAUCGUAAAGCUAAUAAUCGCACUGCUAUCGCUUUAGCCCUUGGUGUCAUCGGAAUUUAUACCUACACAAUAUAUUCUGUGAAGCAAGAAAAGUUUUUGGAUGAUUUUGAAGAGCCAAAAAAAACAAUCAAUAAGAUUGUAUGAGAUAACUUUGUUUAAAAAC